AUGCCCCAACACCAGAGGCCACUCCCCAGUGUCUCUCCUCCUUGUGCCUCCCCAGGGGCCUGGAUGGAGGUGAGGCUGGUGAACGGCACAGGGAGGUGCUCAGGCCACAUGGAGGUCCUCAUCCAGGGCAUGUGGGGGACCGUAUGUGACAACCUCUGGGACCUGGCUGAGGCCACCGUUGUGUGCCACCAGCUGCAGUGUGGCCAGGCUGUGGCAGCCCCCACAGGCGCCUACUUUGGGGCGGGCUCUGGGCAGAUCCUACUGGACGACGUGCAGUGUGUGGGCAGCGAGAGCCACCUGGGGCAGUGCAUGCACAGUGGCCGGGUCGGGCUCAACUGUGGGCACCUGGAGGAUGCCAGCAUCAUCUGUGCAGGAGGCUGGGCCCCCGUGCGGCUGGUGGGAGGCCCAGGUAUCUGCGCCGGCCGUGUGGAGCUUUUCUACCAGGGAAUUUGGGGGACCGUGUGCGAUGACCUGUGGGACCUGCAGGAAGCAAACAUCAUCUGCAGGCAGCUGGGCUGUGGUUGGGCCAUUUCGGCCCCAGGCGAGGCCCACUUCGGGGAAGGUGCUGGAAAAAUCCUCCUUGACAAUGUGCACUGUAUGGGCGAUGAACAGCACCUGGAAGAAUGCUCCCACGUUGGCUGGUUUUCCCACAACUGUGGCCACAGUGAAGAUGCCGGAGUGAUCUGCUCAGGCCCCUUGAUGCUCUCAGCCAGCUCUCAGUCAAACCUCGACUGCACCAAUGAAUAUUUUGAAAUCUUGGAUGGGCCUCCAACCUCGACCAAAUCCCUGGGGAAGGCCUGUUCAGGCUUCUAUCUCACCUAUGCAUCCUCCUCCAGCUCAAUGACCCUUGUGUACUUCCGAAGCUUCAACAACAUCGGGAAAAACUUCCUUGCUUAUUAUUACUCUGCAACCAAAGGAGACUGGCCAGAGCUGCGACUGGUGGGUGGCUCCGGUCGGUGCUUGGGUCGUGUGGAAGUCCUCCACCAAGGGGCCUGGGGCACUGUGUGUGAUGACCUGUGGGACCUGAACGAAGCUGAAGUUGUGUGCCGCCAGCUGGAGUGCGGCCGGGCCGUGUCUGCCCUUGGGAAGGCUCACUUCGGCCCAGGCUCAGGGUACAUCCUUCUGGACAACCUCCAGUGUGCUGGGGUGGAGCACUACCUGGGCCAGUGCACCCACUCGAGCUGGUGGGAGCACAACUGCAGCCACCACGAGGAUGCCGGUGUCAUCUGCUUAGAAGAUGGGCCGGUGCUACGACUGGUGGGUGGCUCCAGUUGGUGCUCAGGCCGUGUGGAGGUCCUCCACCAAGGGGCCUGGGGCACUGUGUGUGAUGACCUGUGGGUUCUGAGCAAAGCCAAAGUUGUAUGCCACCAGCUCGGGUAUGGACGGGCUGUCGCUGCCCCUGGCAAGGCCCACUUUGGCCGAGGCUCUGGAGACAUCUUCCUGGACAAGAUUCAGUGUUCAGGAAGUGAGAACCACCUUGGCCAGUGCCCCAGCUCUGCCUGGUCAGACCACAACUGUGGCCACCACGAGGACGCUGGCGUCAUCUGCUCGGGUAACCUCUUCUCCCACGAUAGGAUCUCUGAUAUUUCAGCCACUGGUGUCUUAGUAUUAGAGGACAUCUAUGGGUGCCCUUAUGACUACAUUGAAGUGUUCGAUGGCCAGCAAGUUGCCUCACUCUCCAUGGGCAGGUUUUGUGCUGGGGCCAAGCUCACAUUCCUCUCCUCUUCAAACGUCAUGACUGCAGUGUUCAGAAGUGACGCCAUGAUCACCAACACAGGGUUUUAUGCUGUGUACCAUGCCAUUCAGCAAGAUGAAAGGGACAGUGAAGAAAAAGACCUGCCUCUGCGCCUGGCGGGUGGGUGGAGCCGGUGCCAGGGCCGCGUAGAGGUUCGGCACCACGGCAUGUGGGGCACGGUGUGUGAUGACCACUGGAACAUCAAGAACGCCCGGGUCGUGUGCCGCCUUCUGGGAUGUGGCCAUGCGCUGCAUGCCCUGGGGCACGGCCACUUCGGCCCAGGUUUGGGGCCCAUCCUGCUGGACGAUGUGCACUGCGUGGGCAACGAGGAUGCGCUGGAGCAUUGUGCCCACUUGGGCUGGGCUCACCACAACUGCCGUCACAGCGAGGACGCAGGCGUGGUGUGCAAAGUUCCAGCCAUCCCGGGUGCCAUCGGGGGACCCAUUCUGAAUGCCCAGCUCUCCUGCCUGCCUAACCUCUUCCAAGCCAUCAUUGACCGAAGCUAUCUCCGGAGGCUGGGCUACUCCUCCUGGGACCUCCACUUAAAUGAUAAGCUGUGUCGCCCUCAAGUCAUGGGGCGCUAUCUGAUCUUCAACAUUCCCUACGGCCACUGUGGCACCGUCAGGCAGGAAAGCCUUGGCUCCUUCAGCUACUCCAACUCCAUUAGAGGCCGAAUACAAGGCCACCCUGGACGAGUCAUUGUGCGGCACAAGGUGCCUCAGCUCAAGCUCACCUGCAGGGUGGAGCGCCCCUCAGCGGGCGCAGGUGUUCAUGGGGCUGACAUCUUGAGCGAGGGAGUUGGCUAUGAUGUGUCCAUAACAUUCCUCGAGUCACCCACAUCCCAUCCUAUGGGAAGCAUGAAGCCGCACUAUGCCAGCCAGAGGCAAGAGGUCUUCCUCCAAGCCACUCUCCAUAGCCACGAUCCCAACCUGAUGCUCUUUGUGGACACCUGCGUGGCUUCUCCAGAUCCCCAGGAUUUUACAACUGUCAAGUACGAGUUGAUCCAGCAGGGCUGCAUCAAAGACAAUACCUAUACCAACCUCCACUCCCGCCAGAAGAAUGUAGCCCAGUUCAAGUUCAACGCCUUUAGCUUUCUCAACAGCUACGAUGUGGUCUAUCUGCAGUGUAAGAUCGCCGUGUGCAAAGUAGGCGACUACUCCUCCCGCUGUGCCCCCGGCUGUGCACGGAGGAGUAAGAGAGGCACAAGCCCCUUGGUGGCCAAGGAAGGGCAGACUGAGCAUUUCCACAUGGUGGGACCGCUGGAGAUCCACAAAGGAACUGGUCAGAGCAAGACCCCAGUGUGA